UUUUACUUAGUAUUUUUGUAUGUAACUAACUUAUGAGGAAGAGCCGGUGUAAUUUAUGUGCGAAAAUUGCAUAGCUAAUAUAGGCGUAAAUAUUUUUGAUUAAUAAAUAAGUGGCUUACGGCCAACGGAGAUCAGUUGUGUGGUCAACACGGCGGCAGCAGGUCGGGUUCUCGAUUGUUGAUUCUCGAUUGGAUUCAAAGCUCAGAUAUGCUUCGAUUACUCGUCGGCUUGGCUUGUUUGUGGCUACUAGUGGACAGUGGUUUCAGCUAUGAUGUGACAAACAAACCCGUCACGGAAGAUUGCCUGGACUGUCUGUGCGAAACAAUGAGUGGCUGCAAUGCAUCCGCAAUUUGUGUCAAUGGGGCCUGUGGCAUAUUCCGGAUUACUUGGGGUUACUGGGUGGAGGCGGGCAAAAUUACACUGCCCACAGAUACGGCACUGUCAGAUGAUGCCUUUACAAACUGCGUGAAUCAGCCCCACUGUGCAGCCAAUACGGUGCAGAAUUACAUGUUUAAGCACGGUCAGGAUUGCAAUGGGGAUAACCACAUUGAUUGCUUGGACUUUGGAGCACUCCACAAGCUGGGAAAUCUUCAGUGCCAGGGCGAGUUGCCCAAUAUCUUCGCCAAGGUCUUCUAUGGAUGCCUGAAAUCAAAGGAACGUUUGGCCGAAAAGAAAAUUUUGGAAACACAAGAAACGACGUCUUCAACAUAAUUGAUUCUUUAUUGGGGUUUUUCUUCGUUUUUUCCCCUAUUUGCGGGAAAAUAUCUUUUUCUGUUUUUAAAACAAUCCUGGUAACACAUAUACACAUACAUACAUCGAAACAUUGCUUAUGUUUGCCGUUUGAACAGUUUCCAAUAUAGGUAUGGAUUCUAUAGAUUUAGUUACAGAUACAGAUAUAUAUAUAUGUAUAUAUAUAUAAUAUAUAUAGAGGGGUAUAUGAAAACUACUUUAAUAUGCUCUCUCGCUUGUUUUUGUUUUUGUAAUUUGUUAGUCAACAUGUUAACAUACUGUUAGUACAUAUAUUGUUAUUAAUAUAUCCGGAUUCUGGGCUUA